AUGAACACAAGAGGAUAUGAUGGCUACAUUGUCCCCUCAGAAGAUCAUCACCUAAAUGAGUACGUUGCUCCCGAAUACCGUCGACGCGGUUUCAUGACUGGGCUGAGCGGAAGUGCGGGAACGGCAGUGGUCACUGCCACUUCAGCUGCUGUCGUCACGGACUCACGCUACUGUAUUGCAGCUGAAAAGGAAGUAUACUGCGAUUGGGAGAUUAUUUGUCCAGGGAGCUCCUCUAACGCAAGAAAAUGGCUGUCUGAUAAUCUUCAAAGAAAAGACAAGGUGGGAGCAGACCCUUUUCUGUUCACAGAAUCCAGCUGGAAUGCAUAUAAAAACCAUCUCGACGAUUAUGAAAUAGACCUUGUGGAAGACCAAGAUAAUAUCGUCGACAAAAUUUGGAACGACCGACCAACACCAUCGGAUGAGCCACUAACUAUUCAAUCCGAUGAAAUCUCUGGAGCGUCAGUCAACAAGAAAAUAUCUGAUAUUACAGACAUGCUCGAAACGAUGGGAAGAGACAAUCUUUUCGUCACACGAUUAGAUUCUAUAGCUUGGCUGCUCAACCUCAGGGGAGAUGAUGUUCCUUACACGCCCGUUUUCUUUAGCUAUUUUCUGUUGGAAAAGAAAAACGGUAGCUGGGAAAGAAGACUGUUUGUGCGAAACAAUAAAAAAUUUACUCAACCCAUCAUGAAACAUUUGGGAGCCGCAAAUGUCAUGGUUGAAGAGUACAACCAUGCGAAUGAUGCGAUUCUUACACUCCAGGGUCCAUCACUUUUUCCGGGGACAGGAACUACAUGGGGGAUGCUGAGUAUUGCGAAGAAAGCUGCAAAUAUUGCACUAUACUCAUCCACUAAUGAUCGAUGCCCAAUUGAGUACACAAAAUCAAUCAAAAAUCCUACAGAAAUUGCUAAUUUCCGAAAAUACUUGAAAAUUGACUCGAUUGCCCUCGCCAAAGUUCUAUCCAAAGUGGAAGAGCUUAUGGAGGAUCCAUCUGGAGAUUUAACCGAAUAUGGUGUCGCUGAGAUGCUGAUGGAAACCCGGCAAAACUUGUCAAGCGAUUAUCGUGGAGAGGCAUUUGGAGCGAUUUCUGCCAUCGGAGAAAAUGCCGCAGACCCACAUUACGAUCCGCCCGUUGAGAAUUCAUCCCCACUCCGUAGAGAUACGACGUUCCUCCUCGACCAAGGUGGACAAUACAUUGGUGCUACAUGCGAUGUAACAAGGACCCUAUUCUUCGGGAAGAGUUACAAAAUGAUAAUGUUGUAUCAGAGUAAUCAAACAUUACCCUACAAUACCAAGUACAACUCACACAAGGGAAAUCUCGCAAUGUCUCGUGGUAUUUAUCCACGAGGAACUCCUGGAUACCAGAUGGAGCCUUUCGCUAGGCAGGCUCUUUACAAAGAUCACAAAAACUACGGACACGGAACUGGGCAUGGUCUUGGUUACUAUUUGCUAGUCCACGAAGCCCCGAACGGUAUCGGUGGCGGACCUUCUACCUACAAUUAUGCGGGGUUCGAGCCGGGAAUGCUCACUAGCAACGAGCCAGGCUACUACAAAAAGAAUGACUACGGAAUUCGAAUUGAAGAUGACGAGCUGGUCCUCGAUGAUGGAGACGAUUACAUAAGAUUCGAAAAACUAAACUACGUCCCUUAUGAGCGUUCCCUCAUAAACGAAGACCUCCUUUCUGUAGAAGACAAGCUUCAAAUAGACGAAUAUCAUGCAAAAUGUGCAGAUCUCGCACUUGAAUAUAAAGAGGAUCAUCCCGACGCAGCUGCUUGGAUUCUAGCUCGGACUGAGCCUCUUCUUCAGCAGUCUUCAGCGAUUCAUUCAUUCACUUCAAUCUUCCUUUUUGCCCUUUGCUUUCUUUUUUAA